AGAGAAAAAAAAUAAAAAUAAAACAAAAACAAAAACAAAAACAGAACUGUUUUCCGAACAUUGUGCAUGUCCCACCAAAUUCUAUGCAACUGAAUGCUUCAAACUAAUUAUCUUGAUUUUGUUAUAACCUCCGGCAAAAGUGCAUGUAUAUGAUGCACGCAUGUUGUGUACGCAUCUAAUCUUUCCCUGUUUCCGCUCAUUCAUUCCAUUCCUCCAUGGCUUCCUCAACACCUCUUCACUUCCUCCUAGUCCCCCUCAUGUCCCAAAGCCAUCUCAUCCCUUUCACAAACAUGGCCCAACUGCUGGCCAGCCGCGGCCUCAAUGUCACUCUCGUCGUCACAUCCCAAAAUGCUGCUCGAGUCAACACCAUCAUUGUCAACCACGAUGCUCAGGAAUCCGGUCUCGGCCGCACCAUUCAUCUUCUAGAAGCCGGAUCAUCUAGUAAAUGUGGAAGUAAUGACCCCUUCCUAGCUAGUAACAUGAUGCAAGAACCGCUCGAGAAUUGGCUUCAGACGGUGUCGCUGCCUCCGGAUUGCAUUGUGUCGGAUUUUUGUCUUCCUUGGACAUCCGAUCUUUCUCGUAAGUUCGGAAUUCCUAAGGUUGUUUUCCAUACAAUUUCCUGUUUUUCGCUGCUUUGUUCCCAAAACAUUAGUAUCCACAAGGCAUACGAGACAGUCAAGUCCCACUCCGAGCCAUUCCUAGUUCCAGAUAUACCUGACAAAAUCAUGUUCACCGGGGCGCAGUUGCCCACAACUGGUGCUUCCGAUCAAUGGAUCAACCUUUUAACCCAGUUUAAAUCAUCGGAAAAAUCCUCCGAUGGAGUGCUGGUUAAUUCUUUUCAAGAGAUGGAACCUGGGUACGUGGAAGGGUAUAGGAAACAAGUGAAAAACUUGUGGUGCAUUGGACCGCUAUGUGGCAACAAGGGCGCAUCAAUUGAUCAUGAUGGACAUGAUUGCUUAAGUUGGCUCGACACCAAGGAUGAAAAAUCAGUGAUAUAUGUUUGCUUUGGUAGCAUUUCUAACUUGUCUUGCAAGCAAUUGAUUGAACUCGGUUUGGGUCUGGAGGCAUCAGAGUCUCCAUUUAUUUGGAUAAUUAAGAAGACGGAUUGCUCACUGGAAUUGGAGAAUUGGUUCAUGGAGGAGAAAUUUGUUGAGAGGACUAAAGGAAGAGGCCUAAUUAUCCGAGGAUGGGCACCUCAAGUUUUGAUUUUGUCACAUCCAGCUAUUGGAGGGUUCUUAACACAUUGUGGGUGGAAUUCCAUCCUAGAAGGGAUACGUGUUGGGGUGCCUAUGUUAACGUGGCCAAUGUUUGCCGAACAAUUUUUAAAUGAAACGUUUAUGGUAGAAGUGUUGAAGAUUGGAGUGAGGUUGGGGGUGGUGCGACCCACUGGGGAGAAGGAGAAGGAAGAUGUGCUAGUGAUGAAGGAAGAGGUGGCGAAGGGAGUGAAGGAGGUGAUGGGCGGAGGGGAAGAUGGGGAGUGGAGGAGGAAAAGGGCUAGGGAGGUAGGGGAGAUGGGAAAGAGGGCGGUGGAAGGAGGUUCAUCUUACUCAAACGCAACGUCGUUGAUUGAAUACGUAAUGAAGCAGAAGAUCUCAAGGAUAUCACCUAUAUAGUGUUCGAACCCAGUUAAAAAAACGAGAUAAAGUGUUUUAUAUUCGGAAAUAAAGUUUGAAUUAUAUUAGAUUAUAAAAUAUUAAUUAUUUA